CUUAGAUACUUAUAGUACAAAGUGAUUGCUAUUUGCAUCAUCAUGUACACUUUGCUCGUGUGUGUGAUGGUAAUGGCUGUGGCGUGUGUAUAUGGUCAAGUAGGACGUUAUCGGCCUAUACCAGCACCUGUAAGACCUUCUGGUGGAGGUGGUCCAGUAAUAGCUAUACUUAAGCAGACUCAAGAUAUUAACCCGGAUGGAUCUUAUCAAUUCAGUUUUGAAACUGAAAAUGGCAUAGCUGCUCAAGAACAGGGCUAUCAAAAACCUGGAUCACCGGAACCGAUCCAAGAAGCUCAAGGAUCUUUUCAAUAUACAGCGCCUGAUGGUACCCCGAUUAACCUUCAGUAUAUUUCCAACGAGGGCGGUUUUCAGCCACAGGGUAAUCACUUACCCAUACCACCACCGACUCCUCCAGCUAUCUUACGGGCUUUGGAAUGGAUAGCUGCUCAUCCUGAACCGGAAGAGCAACGGAGAGGUUGAAAUAGACUAUCGAAUGUCACACAUUAAAUUAUUUAAAUUUUUUAUUACGACACAUGUGUGUACCGCUUUUCUAUGAUUCGUUAAUUUAAUAAUAAGUAGUCGUGCCAGCUGUAAUGUGCAUAUACAAUAUAAAAUAAUAA